UUACUUGUAUAUAACAAAGCAAUACACAGCAACAGGAUACAUAGAUUUGCCGAUGUCAUAUAAUUUGUCUACCAAACAAAUACAAAUUAUUACCCGGAUUUCAUCAAAGCAUUUAAUAAAAGAAACGGUUCCGAGGCAUAUACUGCAAGCAUUACACAGCCACAUCAACCAGUCCGCAGCAAACGUUACAAGAGACAAGUUGAAGAAGGCCGGAUUCCUUCCAGUUAAUUCACUCCGUGUCUAUCUCGAGGAGGUAGUAAAUCCGAAUUAUACUGAAACUACUCAAGCCAAUGGAGAACCAUGGAUAAAUCCAGCACAAACAUGCGCAUUACUCGGAAACUCUGGAAUCCUUUCAGGAAGCAAAUGUGGACAAGAAAUUGAUGCACAUGACCACGUGUUCAGAUCAAAUAUGGCGAAAUUGGAAGGAUUUCAAGAGGACGUUGGGACGAAAACCAGUUUGGUAACAAUAAACAACGCUGCUGGGAGAUUAUUUAAUUGGUGCUUGAAAAACAUAAACGACACUUGCAACAAAUUUGUGCAUCAAUACCUAAACAAAUUGGACAAUUCGACUAUUAUAUGGGUGUCUAAGGCUUGUAACGGUAAUAUAAAACUUUCAACUCUUAGAGCUCUUCGUGCAAUAAAACCCAAUAUUGUUGCUGCACGGCCCAAGCAAUUAUUACGGCCAAAAAUUGGAAG